AGCUUAUUUCUUCCUGUGCCGGUCCUCGACCAUACUAUCCUUACUCACUUUUGCCACCCACAAUUACAGCACAGCCAUCGCCACCGCGCCGCACCGUCCGCCUACAACGACAGUUACUACGGCAAGGCCAAUCACUACGCGUCUUGAGCAGCUCUUUCAUCCCGUCCGCUUUAUCGGGCUUUCAACCUUUCCUCCCUCCCUUCCUCUUUGACGGCACCGCGUCUAUCACACGGACCGGGACAUCCAUAUAGACAUACAAAACGCGUCUGCUAUACUGGAGCACGACUCUUCUGCCCAAUACCAUUUGCUCCAGUUUACAGCCCCGCUGGACGGGAAGAGUAACACCGCCUAUUUACAACCUCGAGCAAAAUUUUCGCCAAAUGUCGCGUCCUACGAGCUCGGACUCUCAACAUUCUGGCAGCAUGUCCUCCCAUAAUGUCAUUCAGAAUGACAUCACCCAUGAAAAUAGCUUCAUGACAACUCCCACGUCCGCAUCUUAUCAAACUCAAGUCUAUUAUGCCGACCCUUACGCGCACGCGUCAUUCCAACAGUACCAAUCGGGCGCGUAUGGUGGAGAGAUGCGGGAGCAUAUGAUCACGCCGUACGGUGGACAUCAGGUGGCUCAAGGAAGGAUUGCGAUGCCGAUGCACGGCCAGCCGUUGCAUCGCUCGCCCAAUGGCGCGUACGAGGAGUUUGAGUUCACGCCCUUUGUGCCAGAAGAGGAGACCACACCGUAUCUGCAGGUACCUGAGAGGUAUCACGCCAUGGUCCAGUCGCCCAGCACGACUAUGGGCCAAUUCACCCAUCCGCUGUCACCUGUUGACCAGAUGACAAUGGACCAACAACAUCAUUUUCGGCAAAGUAACUCGUUGGGCUCUCAACCUCAACAGUUCAUCGUUCAAACCGGCCGCCCACAACGACCCAAGCUCCAGACUAGCCAAUCUAUGAUCGUAUCCACGCGACCCAGUACCCAAACUUCUAUGCAGCGACCAGGGAUGACGCGACACGCAUCUCUUCGGGGCACGACGCGCCCUGAUAGUCCGUAUGUGGCCGGAGACGUUUUUGAUCACGUUCCUGGGCAUCUGGAAGAAUCGCCAAUUUACCAGCCAAUCCCUCCUCAGGAUCCAUCUUGGGAGCUUUCUGCGUUUGAACCUAAUUAUGCCAACGGCCAGGGUAUCUCCCCCGCUCGUGCUCUGGGUCCCGCGCCUCCGCAGCCACAACGUUUCUCUCCACGCCACGACGAGUUGAUGGUCACCCCUCAGGCGAACAAGAUUGCAUACUCUGAACACCCUCCGUCAUCCGCCAUUUCCACUGCUGCGUCUACAUCCUCCAGCUUUUCAGUCACUAUGAAGCAUCAACGACGCGAAUUUGACAGUAGCGAUGAUGAGCAAGAAGGUCGUACGCGUAAACCAUUGCCUUCGCGCACGGUCAAGACGCGUCAAGAAGAAAAGCUUCCCCCGCCGCCUCUCCCUCUCCCGACGCGUCCUCCAAAGGCGUCCAGUGCACGGGCGCCCGUCAAGCCUGCAAAGGUUGCCGAAGACCCCGGCGUCGAAGGUGUACCUCCAGGGCCAAGAUCACACGAACGGCCUGGUCCAUCUUUUGCUUGCAUCAUCGGUCAAGCCAUUUUAUCAUGCAAGGCUGGUGGCCUUUCGCUCGAGCACAUUUACCGAUAUGUAGAGACAGCUUAUCCCUACUUCAAAUCUGGCGAUAACGCGUGGCGCAACUCGGUCCGACAUAACCUAUCUAUCCACAAGAUGUUUGAGACCAUUCCGCGAACUGAAAAAUUCCCUCCUGGUAAGGGUGGUAUUUGGAUUAUUCACGAGGAUGAAAAGUGCCACUGGCCAGCGCAGGACAAAUUUAUCAAAAAUUUUCCUCCUGGUCACCCUCAUCACGACGUGUGUCGCCAGACGUUGCAUGAGAGGCAAAAGGAAAAGGACGCUAUGGAGAAGGCCGCGAGGGAAGGGAGGGUGUAUGUACCCAAGAAGGGAAAGAAGAGAAGAAAGCAAAUGUUGAAAGAAGAAUUGGAGGCUGAAGUGGCUAAGCGAUUAGUCAUGGGAAAUUCAGGAGCUGUGACCAGUGAGCAAAAGGUUGAGGAAGAAAAGGAACAGACACCCGAGCCUGUCGAACAAGAGACUAUUAGCGAAGAGCCUGUUGUUACCGAGCCUGAAGCUCGACCAGCUCCCGAGCCUGAGCCUACUGCCGAAACCGAAGGUGCCUCCAAACCCCAAACCAAAAAGAACACACCCAUGCCACCUCCCGCUGCCAAGCUUGGAAAGUGGGCCUUGCCUCCGCCUCCUGUAGAUCCCAAAGGAAAAAGGAAACAAGCAGAGUCUGAAGAUGAUCCCCUCUUCUCCACCUCCAAGCGCGUCCGUAUGGCUGAGCCUCUUGCCCCUAUCCAUCCAUUCCCCCAAGAAACUGUACCGGGCAAGGCUGAAAAGUAUGACGCCUCAUUCGUCACUCCUGAAAGGGAAAGGCCCAUCCCUAAUGGUAGCAAACUCUUAUCAAGCGCGAGUGAUUUCAAGACACCCGCCCUUGUCCAAUCAUCUUCAUCACCAGGAUCUCCACCUAUGCCUGCCACCGUUACCCGUCCAACCCACCACCCCAGCAGUCUGCAACAGGCAUGGACACAUGACGACAUGUCACAAACCCCUCCUCGCGAUUCAUCACCUGCUAGACCGAUGCUUGAUGCGGCAUUUGAUUUGAAGCCCAAGUCUUUACGUACAAAGCAAGUCGCGCAGGAGGAUGAAUUCCCACAUUCUCACACUCACCUCGCUUCCCCUCCACAUCCUCGUGGGCCUCCCAAAACACCUGUUACCCGCUCUUCGGCGGCAGCAGACAAAACUCAGACUCCCCGCUUACAUCAUCGCAAAACACCAAGCAUGUCGACCGUCACCCCUGUCGUCUUCCGAGAUAGCCCUGGUCUUCCGCCACCAACGUCGAGUGCUUUACUCUCUACACCCAUGUGGGAGAUUGGUGGCUGCUUGGAUAGGCUGAAGGACCAUUUUGCGCCUUCACCCACAUCCAGUAUUCACCCGAUCCGGUCACCUGCCCCGCCAACGAGUCCUACGAGGUAUGCGAUGAUGUUGAUGGACACUGGCAGUUCUCCGAGAAAAGGAAAGAGUGCAAGCUAAGUGAUGAACGGCCGCUCGUCUGUUUGGCGAGUAGAGAGACAUGUGAUUGAAGAAUGGGCGAUGGACAAGGAUUGUCAUGAUUUCUUUUUUUUUUCUCGUUUUUGACGUUUAUAUAUCAUGACCCCAUAAUAUACAUGGCUAGAUACCAGUUUUGCGUUUCUUUUCCAUAGUGACUAAUUUGUAGCUUAGCGUGCGUACUCAGCGUUACAUACGAGUACAUCCAAUCUUUUCAUCUCUUGAGCAAUUCACUCCAUUACCACCCAUUUCGCCCUCAAGAUUAUAGUUUAGCAAUUCGAUUAUGUUGUUGAUUUUUUGUCGAUUGCCAGACCUGGCCACUAUGCAUAGAGUCUUAUGUGAA